AUACUUGGUGGGUCGUUAAGGUUUUCCUUAGUGCAUUAAAUGUUUACGAUGAAGCGAAAUCACUUAAUAAUGAUACUGCUAAAAUGUUCUUAUUAUUUGUCAUAAGCGUUUGCAACGGGUGCCCUGGAGGCUAUAUAAGUGAGACUGACCACGCAGCUUGGGUCCGUCAGACCCGCUCGUCGUUGUCGUCGGUCCAAAAAGCCGGCCAGGGUUCGUGGAGUGAUGUUCCCGUCGUUCGGCCGUUUCUCCCGGCUCACCUGCCCUUCCACCGGGCGCUGCGAGCGGCCUCAUUGCUGGUACAAACAUGCCAAAGAAGAGCGACUUUUGUUUGGGGCCUCAUCAUCUUUAUCUCUAAGCGACCAAACAGAUGGCCACAGUAGCAAUCUCCCUGCCGUAUGUCAAUCACACGUCGUCGACCAGCCCAAAGACGAGUCCUUCCAGGAACUUGAGCGUCUCAACAAGCAGAUUGAAACCAUCAAGUACGAAGUGGAGCAGGAGCAGAGGCGACUGUCAUGCUAUCGCAGCGCCAAGGCCACAUCCAAACCAGUCUUAUCAAAUGGUGAAAAUGCAAACAAGGAAUCAUCUGGACGUCCGUCGUGUUCUGAUGGUUCCAAAACGCUCUCCCGAUCCAGGAAGUAUGUGCUUGACAAUUCCAAGCCAAGAACGGAUUUGGAAUACGACCCAAUGUCCAACUAUUCGGCUGAUUUUGGAUCUUACAAGUCAUUGGCGCAAAAAGGCAAAAGCGCACCCCAAAAAACGGUCAGCAAUCUGGUCCCGCUAUGCUGCACCCCCUCCACUGGGGCACAGGACAACCGCGAUGAUGAAAGUGUCCUUGUCACUGACAUGCCACACUCACCACCUCCAUCUCCCAAACAUGCCAGCUGUGGCGCUGGCAAUGAAGAAUGCGAAUCAUCUGCUGGAAGUGUGAUUGACUUGACCGGAUGUGUGGAGCACCUUGACGGAGAGCGUCCUCAAGCAACAUGUCUCCGGUCUUCUGAAGAUGAAUCUUGCAGCACCUUGCAAGCGCCUGAUCAAAAUGUAAAUGGUAUUUUGAUGGAGGACAAUGCAGUUUGUGUUGAAUUGUUCAAGCAAUUAGGGGCCACAAAUGCUGCACAGAAGAGCUCCCUUCUUGCAGACACCAGCCCAUGCCUCCCUGCAAAUGGUGUCGUCAAGCCCACCCAGAAAGACCAGCAGACCACAGAGUGCAACUCUUCUCCAACCAUUACACCAUGGACUGCAGCUGACGGCCACCAGGGGACAGCAGAGGCUUCUCCAGGCAACAGCCAGCCUCACACUGAAGCUGAAUCUUCUCCCCUCGCCUCCAGUGAGCAUGUUUUGUCAAAAGCUAACAGAGAGGUUAUCGUGAUAGCCUCGAGCUCCGACGAGGAUGAAGAGCAGGACUACCCUGAGGUGGAUCUGUCAGACAGCGACCCUGAGGAGGAGUGCUACCGCAUCUUCAUGGAGGCCAAUGAGGAGAGCGCCAACCAAGAACAACCCAAGGUCAUACCCAUGGAUGUGGACAAACCUGACAUUUCGACCACCCCACCCCAAGAACUACCAGCAAAGAGGAGGAUUGCGCAUGAGGCCAAAGAUCCAAAGGUUCCAGUGGCUAAGAGGAGACCACAGCCACAAGUCCUCAUUCCACUUCGAGAGCCGGAGACACCGCCCACGGCCUCCCGGCUCACCCCAAAGAUUCAGCAGAUUCAGCAGAAGGCAUCCAUGGUGACCGCUUCUGUGAAAGGAGGCCAAGCGUUCCUCUCGUCCUUCGGCCAGAGAAGGCAAGAGAGCCAACCGGCAACUUCGACUCCGGCCUCUGGCAACGCCCCGCCUGCUGCAACGUGCGUCAACUACGUUCCUCUGGGCUCGACAGUGCUCAGCGUGGGCAGUAACUUGCGCCUGAUCCUCCCUCAGGGCGCCAUCCCGCUGCCCCUCGCCUCCACUUCUGGUGCGGUCACCUCCAUUCUUACCCCCCUCACUCGAGUGCACGCAACCCCCAUCAACGUCAGACCGCCCACGUACACGGCGCCUGCUGUCGUGACCACACAGCGGUAUCGCAUGAGCGCGCCUCUGCUCAUCUCCCCCACCGCACGUAGACCCUCGCAGCCCUCUGCAUCUUUCACAUCCUUGCUUUCAACCACCGCCAUGACUACACCCGGCCCAGUCGCUGCUAAGCCGGGGGUCACCAAGCGAAAGGCGAAGGUUGAGGCAAACAAAGACAAAGUGCCUCAUGAUGUCAGACAGCGCUACGUUACCAUGUUCGUGGAGGCCUUCCUCACCACCACCGCCAAUGUCAACGAGGCCUUCGAAAAGGCCUUGGUGGAGGAGAAGGCGGUCUACAAUCGCAGCAGCAACAAAAUGAAGUACCUCAGCAUUGCCGUGAACGCACUAAAGAGGCUGAAAAAGCAAAACUCUGCGACCCCCAAAGAUAAGAAAGUCGAAGGCAAAACCCCCAAAGGAAAUAUUCCACUCAACCGGAAGAAGCUCAAAGGAAAUGACGACACGCCCUUGUAUGAGAUUUUGAGGGAUUACAUUCUGACUGAGGAGCAGCUGAUUGAGAGCAACUACCCCAUGCAGCACCCAGAGAAGGCAGACUGUGCCGUCCUUUUUGCAGACAAGAAGGGCAACAGCGACCCCCUCAAGAGGAUUUGCUGUCGAUGCGGGGCGACCUACUCUGUCAGCCAGACGGGCAAACACACCCGCACCGAGGAGUGCAACUAUCACUAUGGCAAAGGAGUGGAGAAUAGAGUGCCAGGCGGGGUGGAGACCCGCUACAGCUGCUGCCAGGGAGUCAUGGGAGCACCUGGAUGCCAACUCUUCAAGUUGCAUGUACACGAUUCCUUCAGUCUGGAUGGAUUUGUGGUGACCGCUCCAAGAAGUCCCACAGACACCAGCUGCCCAGGAAUCUACUCACUCGAUUGUGAAAUGUGCUACACCGUUCACGGUCUGGAGCUGUCAAGGGUGACCGUGGUCAACUCCAGCCUCCAAGUGGUUUACGACACCUUUGUCAAACCACGCCAUGAGGUCAUCGACUAUAACACCAGGUUCUCUGGGAUUAGCGAGGCGGACAUGGGCAACCACACCUUUCUGUCAGAGGUGCAGCAGACCUUGUUGAGCUUCAUCAGCGCCGAUACCAUCAUAAUCGGGCACGGUCUGGAGACUGGCCUCUGUGCCCUGAAGUUGCUCCACGGCACGGUGGUGGACACAUCCGUGGUCUUCCCCCACCGCCUGGGCCCCCCGCACAGGCUGACCCUCAACAGCCUGACUGCAGAGUACCUGAGGAGGAUCAUCCAAGAGAGCGUGUGUGGCCAUGAUACCGCAGAGGAUGCUGCCGCCUGCAUGGAGCUCAUGUUAUUGAAGAGCAAAGACGGAAAACUGAAAAAAUGAUGGGGGAAUAUAAUAAAUGCACCCCCAGACCCCCCCCCCCCCCCCUCCAUUGUACAUAGUCAAAAGGAACUAAAACCUAAUUGCAUGUUGCUUUAUUGACUGAAGCCGAUAAACUUUCUUUUGCUUGAGUUCAUUUUUCUCUUAUGAUUUUGUUCCUAACACUUUGGAAUUUCACUUGACUAUGUAUUAGGGAAUGGCUGAUGUGGGAGGGGCUUGGUGUGUUACAAGUAAACCUACAGAAUGCUGUGUGGUCAUUUUCUUUUUUUGAAUGAGCCAAUGGCGACUCAACAAAAAUGCAAAUAGUUCCACCUGUUGGCACUUGAUGUUGAUUGGUCAACAUGCUUUCCACUCGGGUGGGGUUUGUGCUUUGUCAUUAAAAUGUUUAUGUUGCUAGCUGUAGGUGAAGCUCAUGGACCGACCGGUUUAUUGGGUGAUUGAUGAUUGACAGCUAAGUCCAGAAUUUCCAAAGUACUUUUGUUCACUUACAUCAUUCGUGUUAUAACGCACCAAUUUAAACAUUAAUGUGCGCAAUGUAAAGGCAAUGUAGCUCGUUUGGGGGACUGUUGUGUAAUCUUUAGGGCUGUCAAAUAAUGAUUGACAGCCAGUUUGACUGUAUUUUAUUGAAAGAACAAUAAAUGAUCAGGCAGGAUUUUAUUUAUAGCAGUAUGUACCGUAUUUUACGGACUAUAAGUUGCACUUUUUUCAUAGGUUGGCUGUUCCUGCGACUUAUACUCCAGAGCGACUUAUAAAUGAAAAAAAGUGUUUAUGUUCCAUAAACACUGGACACCUUUUCUGUUCAUGUUUAUUUUUGGUGUAGCCGAAUUAGCAUAU